GUCAUACAACACUUGGAGGAAGAUAGUGAGCGAAUUUUAGUAUUUAAGAUCAGGCAGAAUGUUGUACGUUAAGCAUUUCAACUAAAUACAAGCAACUGAAGCAACUAAGUAACUCCGAAGUUAUCAGAAGAGAUUUAUAAGAAAAAUGAUUUAUAAAAUAUUCUACGUACUAGCUGCAGUCGUCACGCUAACUGUAGCACAAAAUGCAUCAAUUUGUGACGAGGAAGAACUUAACGCCUUCAUCCCAAACGUAAGAGAUUGUAACGGCUGGUUUCGUUGCGGACAACACGGUCCCGAGCCUGGAAAUUGUCCUACCGAAUUCAAUUUCAAUCCAAUAACGAGACAAUGUGAUUGGCCGCAAAACAUUCAGUGUUUCAGCUGUCCCAGUAAUGAGACAAUGUCCACACACAUUAUGGACCGAAGUUGUCGAUCUUUCAUCAGAUGUGUAGCCGGUGUGGCUUCGCAGCUAAUGUGUGAACCAGGACUACAAUUCAAUAAUAAAACGGGACAAUGUGAUCUAAAAUCUGUCGUGGAUUGUACUGUACGCUUCCAAUGUCCGGCAAGAUUGCCGAUCGAUGGAAGUGUUAUUGCUAUUCGUGACCCGUACAAUUGUUCAGUAUAUCACAUUUGUGUGGGUGAUCCAGAGCCAGUACGCAGAGAAUGCAAUGAAGAGCUUCAUUUCGACCCGAUAACCAGCCUCUGUACAUUCCCCCAUUUGACUGACUGUGUCGCUAAUCCCGAACAUCCACCACCACAAAUUCCAGACGAGCCAGGCUUCCAAUGUAUGACUGAUGGUGUUCAUCCUCAUCCGUCCAACUGCGUUUCGUAUUUCAUUUGCGCCAACGGACAACCGCAUCAAUUCAGUUGUGCGCCAGGAUUGGAAUUUAAUGAACUGACGGGCCAAUGCGAUUUCGCCGAUGUGGUUAAUUGUAAGAGGGCGAAUUUUAGGAGAAUUGGGAGUGGUGCCGAUUAAAAUGGACGUUUUGACUGACUGAUUACAAUGUGAUAAUCUGCCGUGUUAAGCCAGAACACCGUGUCGUAUUUGUGGCUUUGCUGAUAAAAAGGUUUCGUGAGCUUUAAGCUUCUUUUGCGUUCCAGUGAAUCUUUCACUUGUCCAAUGGAAUCCAAAGAAUCUCAGAGCUUUCGAAAGCUCUCCAAAGCACAAACUUUUGAAAGCUCGCCAAAUCCACAGCUUUUGAAAGCUCUACAAAGCUCAAGCUUUCGGAAGAUCUCCAAAGCACACAAAAAAUGCGAUACGAUGUUUUGAAUGACCACGACAGUUGCCAUCUUAGUGCAACUUGUUAAGUAAAUUUAGGUAAAAGAUUUAUUGUCUUGAUGAAACUCAUCUUCUCUGUGUAUUUUGGAAAUAAAACUAAUUUUACAUUUUUAA